AGGUUCAUCGAGAGAGUUCAACUGGAAAACCAAGACUGGUAGACUCUGUUUUUCUUCAGACGAUAGGCAGGAGCCAGACAAGAGUCCAGAGAUUCUUGGAACACCUGUCUUUUAUUUGGAGGACACUAAGUUGUAUCGGAAGACAAAGUUCAAUAUGGCAACAGGACUGAGGGGACGUGAAGGAAUCAUUACUGUGACUUGGUGACAGUUCUUCAAACAACAGUGUCUUAAAGAAAGGUGGAUCAAGGAACUCCUGAACUUUUGGGUUGCAUAAGUGAGAAAUCAGCAUGGCUCAGGCAAGUCUCCUGGCUUGUGAAGGCCUAGCAGGUGUGAGUUUGGUUCCCACUGCAGCCAGCAAGAAGAUGAUGCUGAGCCAGAUUGCCAGCAAGCAGGCCGAGAAUGGCGAGCGGGCGGGUAGCCCUGAUGUGCUGAGGUGCUCAAGUCAGGGCCAUCGAAAAGACAGUGAUAAGUCCCGAAGCCGCAAAGAUGAUGACAGCUUAUCUGAGGCCUCUCAUUCAAAAAAGACUGUUAAAAAGGUGGUGGUAGUGGAACAGAAUGGUUCUUUUCAAGUAAAGAUUCCCAAAAAUUUUGUUUGUGAGCACUGCUUUGGAGCCUUUAGAAGCAGUUAUCAUCUAAAGAGACACAUCCUUAUUCAUACCGGUGAGAAGCCAUUUGAGUGUGAUAUAUGUGAUAUGCGUUUCAUCCAGAAGUACCACCUGGAGCGCCACAAGCGUGUACACAGUGGUGAAAAGCCUUAUCAGUGUGAACGGUGUCAUCAGUGUUUUUCUCGAACAGAUCGAUUACUCAGACACAAACGGAUGUGCCAAGGGUGCCAGUCCAAGACUUCCGACGGGCAGUUUUCUCUAUAGGCGCAAGGGGCCCUGGGUGGUGGGAGCAAUCAGAAGAAUCUACCGAAGAGCGCACCCCCUCUGGUCUGAUGGUCCCACCACCGCCCUGUCGAACCUGUCCCCCUCCCAGAGGAGUGGACCCAGGAGACCAGAAGAGUGCAUCAGGGGACAUGGCCCCAGAGCCUCAGCUCUGUAAAUAAUCUGAGACGAUGAGUAUCUCGGGGAAGUUCCUACAGCAUUCCUGGGUAGGGGAGCUAGUCCCCGGACCCUUGGCUGAGGUCAUAGGUGGGGACUCAGGGUACAGGACCAAGACUGAAGUAUGGCUCCCACAACCUUGGACUCCAGCUGGCAGCUGAAAUGGACAAGAUUGGGGAAGGGAAUUUGUUUGUUCUGUUCUUUGUUUAUCCAAAAGCAACUUCAGGUAAACUGUGGAUGCAGGUAAUCUGGAGGCAUAGAGUCCUGGUCCAGAGCAAGAACUGCUGAUCCAGCCCUCUCCCAACACUGAGUUUUGAGUUGCAGUAGCUCCUCGUGUUCCCCAGCCAUGCACUUGAGCUCCUGUUUGAAGAAUAGGAUCAGGAAUGGCAGCUGAGCUUUUCUGGCCUCCUUUUCUGUAGGGACAAAA